GCUGACAGGUAGAUGAGCUGUGAGCUGUCCGCGGUGCUGAAGCCUCCUCCGGCUGCUGCCUCACCGGAGAUCCCCAUCUCAGAUCAGACCGGAGCUCCUCCAAAACCUGCAACCGGCUCAACAUCCAUAAUUUCUUCCCCGCCCCACCUCCAUUUCUCCAAGAACACUGAAAAAAAAAUCAACUUUUUUUUUUUUAAUUUCUCUUUUUUUUGUGGUUGAGUUUUUUUUGUUUUUUUUUUUUUAAAUCGCUGACAGGAUCUUAAGAUGGCACUGCAUGGAUUAACAUUGCGCAAGGCAGAAGCGGACUUAUUUGACUGCUGUUGGUUUGUGACUGUGGAAGCAGCCCUUUCAGACUGAACGCUCGCUCCAUUUUCCUCCUGAUCUUUUUUUUUUCCUCCCCAGGACAUCGAGACGUUUUUUUCUCAAAAGACCGAGGCGCGUUAUCUGGAUUAAUACCUUAACAAUAUGCUCUUUUAUGCGGCACUUCCAUUUGUUGUAGUGUUAUAGAAUUUGAAAAAAAGAGAGAAACAGAUAUGGAGCCAGGACAGGAGAAGGCUCUCCCCACCACUAAAGAGGGACUAAAACAAAUCGCAGGGAAGGCCCUCGGGAAGCUGUACAGGAGGCUGGAGAAGAAGCAGCAGACAGGUGAGCAGAUCGAGCUGACGGAGGAUGGCAGGCCGUCGGCGGAGCAGGAGCGGAAGGCGCCGCUGUGCGACUGCACGUGCUUCGGCGCCCCGCGCAGGUACAUCAUCGCGAUGCUCAGCGGCCUCGGCUUCUGCAUCUCCUUCGGCAUCCGGUGUAACUUGGGUGUGGCCAUCGUCAGCAUGGUCAAUAACCACACCGUCCACGAGAACGGCAAGAUCAUCAUCAAAGAGAAAGCAGUAUUCAACUGGGACCCAGAGACAGUGGGGAUGAUCCAUGGCUCCUUCUUCUGGGGCUACAUUGUCACCCAGAUUCCAGGAGGGUAUAUAUCCUCCAGACUGGCUGCUAACAGAGUUUUUGGGGCUGCCAUCGUGCUGACAUCCACCCUGAACAUGUUCAUUCCCUCUGCCGCCCGGGUGCACUACGGAUGUGUCAUCUUUGUGAGGAUAUUACAAGGGCUGGUGGAGGGAGUGACUUAUCCAGCCUGCCACGGGAUCUGGAGCAAAUGGGCCCCGCCGCUGGAGAGAAGUCGUCUGGCAACCAUCUCCUUCUGUGGAUCCUACGCUGGUGCGGUGAUAGCCAUGCCUCUGGCUGGGAUCCUGGUCCAGUACACAGGAUGGUCCUCUGUCUUCUACGUGUACGGAUGCUUUGGGAUAUUUUGGUACAUGUUCUGGAUCUUGGUGUCCUACGAGAGCCCGGCGGAGCACCCGACCAUCACUGACGAGGAGCGCCGGUACAUCGAGGAGAGCAUCGGUGAAAGUGCCCAGCUGAUGGGUGCAAUGGAAAAAUUCAAGACCCCGUGGAGGAAGUUCUUCACCUCCAUGCCUGUCUAUGCAAUCAUUGUGGCCAACUUCUGCAGGAGCUGGACCUUUUAUCUGCUCCUCAUCAGCCAGCCUGCAUACUUUGAAGAGGUGUUUGGCUUCGAAAUCAGCAAGGUUGGAAUAGUGUCAGCGCUGCCUCACUUGGUCAUGACCAUCAUCGUGCCCUUGGGGGGCCAGUUAGCGGACUACCUGCGGAUGCACAACAUCAUGUCCACCACCAUGGUCCGGAAAAUCAUGAACUGUGGAGGGUUCGGUAUGGAGGCCACUCUCUUAUUAGUCGUGGGUUAUUCUCACAGUAAGGGGGUGGCCAUCUCUUUCUUAGUUCUGGCGGUGGGUUUUAGCGGAUUUGCAAUAUCAGGUUUCAACGUCAACCAUCUAGACAUCGCCCCUCGCUACGCCAGCAUCCUCAUGGGCAUAUCCAAUGGUGUCGGGACCCUGUCAGGGAUGGUCUGCCCUCUAAUAGUGGGAGCCAUGACGAAGCACAAGACUCGAGAAGAGUGGCAGUACGUCUUCCUCAUCGCCUCCCUGGUGCAUUAUGGUGGCGUGGUGUUCUAUGGCAUCUUCGCGUCCGGGGAGAAACAGCCGUGGGCUGACCCCGAGGAAACCAGCGAUGAGAAAUGCGGCUUCAUCGACGAAGACGAGCUGGCUGAGGAGACCGGCGACAUCACGCAGGGUUACGGCGCCAUGGGCGGUCCGGCCAAGAGCUAUGGGGCCACCGCACAGCUCAACGGAGGUUGGGUGCAGGACUGGGAUAAGACGGAGGAGUACGUGCAGGAGCCGGUGGGAAAGAUUUAUUCUGAGCGCGGCUACUCUUAAACCAGACAGCUGCGGUGAGUCUGCGUGCAGACACAGACUCGCCGCAUCACAGAUUGCACAAAUAAGCAUCAUCUUAGAUAUUUAAAUCCAUUCUGUGUAUUCAAGUAAAAAAACGGUUACUAGUUUCAAAAAGCCAGUGUAAAGAAAUAGUUCAUUGCAAUGCAGAACAAUCGUCAUUAGAUCUCACACGUGUCUCAUCACAUCUACCUACUGUAGGGCUUCACUACACAGAGAGCAGCUGCAAAGACAACUGCAGGCCUAUGUUGUACUCCUUAGGCACCCAAACCUCAUCAAUCUACUUGAACAACAUGAGCCAGACGACACUGCAGUUGACCAUCAUAUAGGGUCUUUCUCUGAAAUACCACUCUGAUUGCACUGAAACUAUAAGUAUUCAAAAACAAGAUUCUAUUCUGUUUCUCAAAUGUGUUUUAUGUACUGUAUAUACCUGUAUACUGUUUCUGUGAGACUAUUGUGGAUUUUGGGUCGUUGAUCUGUGUUAACAUUACUAUAAAAGGCCAUAUUUUUCAUGGACAGUACCUUUUCAGGGAGAUGUCUGCUUGCAAAAAAGGCCUUCUUCUUUCUCAAGCGAGGGGGCCUAUAAUACACUAUGACAAAAAUAGCGUGAGUGAAGUGGAAACCGUAGACUUUUAGUGUGUGUUUGUUGCAUGAAUUUGCUCAGAUCAAUGUUUCAGAUGCAGCCGCCGCCUCACAAGUCAUUGAUAGUCCUCAUUCAGCCUGCUGCUUCGUUCUUAGAUAAGUGUCUUCUGCCAUAAUAGAUGAUAAAAGCAAACUCUCAUAAUCAGGUUUUCCAGUCGUGAUGUGAGACAAAUCAAAAAAGUUUCGGAGGCGGUUGCUCAGAAGACAUUUUUAUUGAUGUUUGGUGUGCACUGCAAUAAAUUCUGUGUACCAGCCACCACCCAUCACACUCUGUUUUGUAAUGUAACGCUGGCUUGUUGUAUCUAACUGUAAUUGUUUUGGAGUCAUGUGAUGAUCAACAUUAAGGUGUGUGUUUUAACAAAUUACUAGUGUCUGGAGAAUCCAGCUUUAGUGCUCAUGAUGCAGGACGUAUUGUUGCAUUUUGACAGCGGGGAAUGCAGUACUGUAUGUGAACAACCAGGUUUUUUUUUUUCGUGAUCUCUUGGUGUUUCUCGGUUGUUCUCAUCGUCACCAAAAGUACUUUAUUGACACUUUGAUAUUGUCACGUUAGAGUGGACCACAUGAAUUAAUAUAGAUGGCUCUUCCACCUGACUUUAUUUGCUCUUUGAACACUUUUUCUUCAUUUGCUGUAUGGAAUCUGCAAGGAUGUUUUAAAAAAAUAAUAUAUGAAUAUAUAAGAAUGUUUAACAUGACCAAAAGAUGCUAUUACGGCUUUGUGCCUGAGAUUUAUGUAAAACAGAUUAAAUGUGAUUUUAUGGCUUCUAAUAUUGUGUUUAAUGAAGAGGUAUGUUGAUGUCAAAAAGUGUUAUAAAAAAAAAAAUACUCAUAUCAUUUUAUAUAAACAAACAACCAAAAGUCA